GGCUCCCCGCCCUCGAGGUGGAAACAGCCGCUGUAGACACGUCUCUGAAUGGCCACGGACGUAGGCUACUGCGGGAUCGCAUCGCAUCCAAAACACAAAUCAGAUGCACAACCGGCGCCGCUGAAAAACAAGCGUCGGACUCUUCAGCUGUUUGAAACAGGCUGAGGAGGCGACUCCGGAGGUGAAGGUGCUGAGGACGCUCCCCCCAGGCGAGAUGGAGGCUCCAGCCUCUCCCACGCCGCCCAGUCUGGAGGAUCCGUCUCAGCCCAGGGAAUGUCCGGAACGUCCGGAACGCCGAGGCCGGAAAACCGCCUUUUCCCACAUCUUCCAGGGCGCCAGCCUGCAGCAGAUCCGCGGGCUGUUCCACGCCGCGGGGGACCAGAAGGCCGAGAGGCGGGCGGCGGUGGUGUGGGCGCAGUCCCUGAUUGGCCAGCGGCCUCGGACGCAGAGGUGGAGGUGGCGGUGGCGGCGCAGGCUAAUGAUUGGCCAGCGGACGCAGAGGAGGCGGGGUAAGCUGGCGCAGGCCCCGAUUGGCCGACGGACACGGGGGAGGCGGAGCAGGCCGAGGGCAGAGGUCACCGGGGAGGCCGCGCGACCCGCCUGCCUCAGGUCGUUCGGACAUCUCAGGAUAAACGAGGGGGUGGUGAGCAGUGCAGAUGAAGGCUGUGUUGUGGAGGGGGAAACAGAGGCCAGGACGGCCCAGCAGGGGGCAGCAGAGAGCGAGGGUGACAUGGAGGCCCUUGCGGAGAGCUCCAGUGACUCAGAGCCACGCCCAGAUACACCCAGGGGGCGUCUGUGGGGCGGGGCAGGGUCACAGACACAGGGAGGGGAGAGGACCUCUGAACACUACCUCCACCGAAUCUUACACUGACAGGACAGGCCUAGAACAGGGGUGUCAAACUCCCGUCCUGGAGGGCCGCAGUGUCUGCAGGUUUAACUCCAGUCCUGGAGGGCCACAGUGUCUGAAGGUUUAACUCCAGUCCUGGAGGGCCGCAGUGUCUGCUGGUUUUGGGUGUGUUUCAGCAUUUUUCAUUGGCUAAAGAGUCCACACACCUUGUUCUCAAGGCCUUAAUUGGCUGCUGAUUGAAGGGAAACCACAAAAACCAGCAGACACUGCGGCCCUCCAGGACUGGAGUUUGACACCCCUGGCCUAGAACAUUCCACAGACCAGAAAAGUCAGAAAAGAACACCUGGGUUGGAUUGCCCAGGAGAAAAGAAUACCUGGGUUUGGAUUUGGAUUUGAAGGCCAGAGUUGAUGACUCCUAGUUGGUGGCAGCCUGUAUCCGAGUGGUUAAGGUAUAUGACUGGGACUGCAGAUUGCUUAGUCACUUUGGCUAAAAGCAUUAGAUAAAUAACAAAUUAUUUAUAAAUUAUCCCUGCAAUAGACUAACCAGAGUCCUCAAGUUCCUUCAGGACUCCUGUCUCUACAGGAGGCUCUGGUCUGUAAGAGGGGUUUAUGGUGCUUCCAAACGUCUAGAGUACUGUCCUUUGUAACACCCCCUCGAUGUGUUUUCAGAACUUGCAGGAAAUGGUAACAUACGUUGAUUCUCCUCGAUUUCAUCACUGCUGAAAAAAGAAUCAGCACUGAAUGGAAAUUAAUCUCAUUUUCCAUCGAAUGGAAACGGACCCUCUCCCUCUAUAACUGCAUGUUAUGCUGCAAUGUAACAUGGGAGCAAGCUUACAAAGAGGGAACGAUACCUUUUAAAUAGAUUUUUUUAAAACAUGUUUUAUGCAUUUGUGCACACACUAACACAUUCAUUAACAAUACUAUAAGCAGUUGAAGUUCAAAUGGGUACUAAAACGUCUUAAAUACUCCACUCAUGAAGACAAGAGUUUGGGAAGUCUGGAUUCCGGUUUUAUGCUCCCAUCUACAUGGAAUGAUCUGCAACGGUCUCUGAGAUUGGACACACUUGUAUCAUUCAAUGAUUUUAAAUCCGCUAUUUCUGACUUUUAUUUUCUUCAGAUGCUUGUACAUCACUAAGAAUAUAUUUUAUUUGACUUUUUCUGUAUGUGUUUGACGUUAUGGGUAAUGUGCGAUUGAGGUGGGGGGUUUUUUUACAUCGUCUCUCUUGAAAAUGAGAUCUUCAUCUAAAUGAGAACACCAGUGCUAAAUAAAGGAAUAAUAAUAAUAAUAAUAAUAAUAAUAAUAAUAAUAAUAAUCACUCUCACCAAAUACAGUCCUUCUCUGAGGCCAAGAACUUAUCUCCCAAAACCCACACAUGUUCCACAGCACACCGCUACAGUAAAGAAUCCAGCCUACGCAAACAGAAAGAAGUUUUCUGGAAGAGCUAUUCUCUUUCUUAAAGACGGCUGUUUCUUAGGAGUUUGCUCACCGCAGGGAAAUCUGGGUUGAAUGUUCCAGUGAGGAUCAGCCAGUUCUUAUCAGCUUGUUAUGUUUAAAAGUUGAGAUGGCCAAGGAUUUUUUUUUUUCCCCCUUGAAACAAAAUGCAGAUGAAUAGCUGGCGUCUUCCCAGAGCCUUCCGAACAGAGAUAAAUUAUGCCCAACUUGUGUGCUGUCCCACAGUGAGACGUUCUCAGUGAUGCUUUGGCAAGCUGAACAUUGAGGGGUGUCCGCAGGAUAAAGGGGUCACUUGAAUAUCCAGCAAAAAAUCCAAAGGAAUUCCCAGAUGAUACUCUCUUCUACGGGAAAGGCGUAGCAUCGCACUCCCUUAAUGGAUUUCUGCUGGAAAUUCUGUUUCAAUAGAACUGGCUGUUUAUCGAUGGACAAUCCGCGCUGUAUGUGAACUUCUGGCCUGUACGGGUGACUUGUGAUACUCGUAAACUCCAGUUUACUGCUUCAGGGGUUGUUCAUGUUUUGAAACGCUAGUCAUUCUGAGGGUCACGAUCCUUUCAAAAAAGGUUAUGGGCAGGACAUUUAAAAUGGAGUGGAUUAAAUGUCUAGAACAUUAUUUUGGUUUCCCACUGCUAAGGAAUACACAGUGCACUUUAAUCAGAAGGAAAUGGGCUAUACACCAUUUGACAAGAGUACAAAAACGACUUCUGUAUAUCAUUGUGUGGUCAAAUAAAUGGGAUUUUCAAUUUAAAA